CGGACUGACAACUCAUGGGGCCCCCGGGCAAUAGGGGAUCAUGGGGCCCCUGUGUCCUUGCCCAAACUCAAAAAAGCCUAUGAAAAAGGUACCAGGGGCAUCUCAUGGGGCCCACUACUGACCCCGGGCCCUCGGGCAGUGCCCGAGGGCCCCAUGAGUUGUCAGUCCGCCCCUGGUUAGUGCUAUUAAAAAACUACAUCAUACAAGUCCUUUUAUCCACAGUUCAGCUGUAUCUACCACAUGACAUGAGUCCAUUUUUAAAUUGGCAGAUUCAUUCUGAA